AUGCAGUGGAGUCUGAUUCUGCUCUUUCUGAUGGGUCAGUGUUGUUUCACCAUAUGUCAGCUCUAUCAGUAUCACUUUGUUGAAGAGAAUAAAAACUGGACUGAAGCUCAGCAGUACUGCAGAGAGAUAUACUCUGACCUGGCCACAGUGUCUAACAUGACGGACAUGAAGAGAAUCCUCAACAUAUCAGCAGAGAACACCGAGGCUUGGAUUGGUCUCUAUGAGCAAACUGGUGUCAACAGGACGUGGCACUCAGAUCAAGUGAUCCUGAUUAAAGAGAAUAAAACCUGGGAGGAGGCCUUGUACUACUGCAGAGAUCACCACCAUGACCUGGUCACCAUCACCAACCUUGAUGAGCAGAGAUGGGUGCAGGAGAAAGCCAAGAAGGCCUCGACUCCUUUUGUCUGGAUGGGACUGAGGUACACCUGCACUCUGGACUUCUGGUUCUGGGUCAGUGACGAGGUGGUCAGCUAUAAGAACUGGGUCUCAGAUGGACUGAUGGAUGACUGUGACAUGUCUGCUGUCUGGUUACAGGCCUUGUGA